AAAAUAAAACAUACCAUUGGUAUGAAAUUUUGUUGUUUAAUUUUGCUACUAUGUGAUGACGACGAGAGAAGAACAGCCUUCUUGACGAAUCGCCGCUUCCCUGGCACCCGGAUGAGUCCAUUACCCAGUUGGAUGCAAAAUGGCAAAUCCUACAAAAGGAAAUUGUGCCUCUCUGCUUUGGCCUCUUUGGCCAUUGUUUACAUCUUCUGGGCUAGCGUGAGGUGGACUGACGGGAGACAUCUGACCUUUUCCACAUGGACUAAUAGCAUGUGUCCCGGAUAUGUAAACAAGGAAACGAUCACCCGUCUAGACGGUACCAAGCACCUGCUCGUGUCGGCUUACAUGGACCGCAGGUUUCCAGGCAGCGACGUGCGCAUCAUCGCCAUCUUCAAGAGAGAUUCGGAGGAGAAGCUGCUUUGCGUUUUCUGCUGCCAGGGUUCACUCUCCAAAAAGACUCCGGCGAAAGUUCGACCGCAUUCCGACAACUUCGGCUUCCCCUAUGUCACCACCGACGUCCUGUGUCAGAUACCGGCUGGCUGCGAAGGGUCGCACGUGGCCUUGGUUCCUUUCCAGCGCAGUGGGAGAAACCUGAUGUGGCUGCCCGUGAGAAACCAAAAGGAGGCGGGACUGGAAGAGGGACGCCUGCCGUUCAACUUGACAGUGUGCAUCUCCGUCCUGUUUGGAAAGCUUAACAAUGUUCUGCAGGCGGCACAGACCCUGGAGAUGUACAGGUUGCUUGGCGUGGACAAGGUGGUGAUCUACAACACCAGCAGCGGCCCAGAGCUUGAGCGUCUAUUGCGCACCUACAGCCAGGAAGGCUUCCUAGAGAUCAUCCCUUGGCCCAUCGACAGGCAUCUGACACCCUCUAGUGGCUGGCUCUUCUCCGAAAGCGGCGGCGACCUGCACUACUUUGGUCAGCUGACCACGCUGAACGAGUGCAUCUACAGGUCCAUGGAGCGCUCGCGCUACGUCCUACUCAACGACCUGGAUGAGAUCAUCAUGCCGUACCGGCACGACGACCUUCCCUCCCUGAUGAGCGAGCUCCGGCAGCAGCAUCCCUACACCAGCGAGUUCCGCAUCGAAAACCAUAUAUUCCCCAAGACGCGGGCGGAUCCCAGCGGGAAGUUUCGACUACCUCAGUGGGAAGGCGUUCCGGGAAUUAAUAUCCUGCAGCAUUUCUACAGGGAAGAGCCAAGCACUGCUGUUUAUCACCCGUACAAGAUGAUCAUUCGGCCAAGGUUGAUAGAGUACACAUCCGUGCACGAAGUGCUGCAGAAGUCAGGACUUAGUUACAAAGUCCCACGGGAAGUGUGCCGGAUCAUUCACGUCCGUACUCCCCUCCAGGGCUCUCUGACGUUGGAGCAGCUCCACGUGGACAAGCGACUGUGGGACUUUCAUCAAAAAUUGAUUCCCAAUGUUGACCGUGUAUUAAAGCGAGCGGGGCUAAUUAAAACUUAA